CUGUGGAACAAUGAUGGUUCAAAUUAUCCCUCUGCCAUACCUUUCUUUGGUUUGCUAUUAGUCAUUUGUUCAUAGCCAAAGAGAUUGGAAUCUUUGGGAAAACUUUGACUUCAUGUAGUAAUUCACUAUUUUCAAUGUAUCACACACCCAAUAAUUCUUUUCUAUUAUGAAAUUCCAGGUUGUUAUAUUUUUUUCCUCUAGAAACUUCAGAAGUAUCAUGUGAGGUAUAUUUUAAUUUCUUUAAAGGUAUUGGAGGAUUCUUGUCUGUAUGUGUCAGUUACAGGACAUGCUAUAUUCUCUUCUCAAUGGAAAGUUCUUCUCUCAUUGUGGUUUUUAUGGUCUUUUUUCUUUUCUCUAUCAUGUAUUAGGAUAAUGUUUUGUUCGAUCACUUGUUAGAGAGAGGCAUUAUUAAACCGUAAGUUUGAUGGUGGUCAGUUGUUUAACCAAAGAGAUUCUGAAUCCUUAACAGAAUUUCAGAGUUAUAAUGCAAAUGUGGUUUUGGCUCAUUUUGUCAGGCCCUGGUAUUUUUCUGAUUUCUGGAUGAACCUUACGCAUUUUCAGCAAUGACUUAAGAUUAAAGUGAUAUGUGACAAGGAAACUCACCAACAUCAGAAAUCCACAUUAAUAGAGGAAGUGAAACUGAACUUUGUUACUGAUAUUCUGAUUGCUAGUACUGUUCCAAUUCUCUGCAUAUGUGAUUUUAGUUGGAAGUAAUUAUCACCUGCCUGCUACAGUUUGAGCAGCCAAUAAUUUCAAAGUCUUGAAUUUGCUCCAUUGUCAAUCAUUUUUUAAGUCUAUACAUUUCUUGUGAUGUGUCUAUCUAAGAAAUACCUGAGUUUCUGGUCUACGUCCCUUGUAAAAACAUUUUAUAUGUGAAAAACUUGAGUCUCUACAUUUCAAACUUUGCUGGUAUCCCACCUUCUAGGCUUCUUGCAGAUCAGGAGAUGCAUAACUAUUUGGCAUGAGAUGAUGAUCGUGGUGGGCCUCAGUCCUUGAAGGACACAAAAACAGUUGAUCCAGCAUAUGAUCGGUACCUUAAGACUGUGGAACUUUGUUCUUUUGCUUCUGGAGAAACUGGUACUUUUGGCAGUUUAGGAAGGGUUGGUUGUGGAAUGCCUGCUUAUCAAGUAACUGAUUCUCCUGUUUUGACUCAUCCUGGUUCUGCUGGUCGAGAUCUGGCAAUUGAGUUGGUGCCAAAGAAGAUACAUGAACGGUUUCCGUGUGUAUUACUCGGCAGCUGAUGUUGAAGAAAUUAAAGCACCGAGGAGACAUGGCCUUAUAGACCCAACUCUAGUAAUCUCUGUUCAUAGACUAGGACAAAUUAAAUACGAGCUUCAACUUCAACAUUGAUUCUGUAACUGUAAUAGUAUGACGUACAGACAGUUAUGUUAAUGUUGUAUUUGGAGUAAUAUAAAGAUGGAUGCUUCACACAUAAAAGCAUAGAACUAAA